AAUACGAUUAACAAGGAACCGAGGAAGUCCAACCGAACUCUAGCUCGAUCAAAAAUGGCUUUUAGCUUUUACAGCUCCAUUCGCUUUGUUGUUCUGUUGUUUGUUUUUUCUGGCUGUAAAAGCGAAGAAAAUCUCACCUUAAAUAUACAGCGAGAGCCUAAUCAGGGAACAGGAUUGUUUUCCAGCAUCCAAGGUUAUGCUGUUAAGUUGGUAUUCAAGAUUCUUGAAGUAUCUGAUGCCUUUGGAUGUGUAUUKGCGUGCAUUAAGGAGCCGAGCUGUCAAUCAGUAAACUUUGGUACUUCAGGAAAUCCCGAACACCUUUGCGAGCUCAGUCAAGGAACAUUCCAAUCCGGAGUUCUUGGUAAGGAGCCAAGGCCUGGGUUCAUUCAUUACUUUGCAGUGAAGCGCGGAGAAACUUGCAGCACAAGGACAGGGCUACACUGUCAGUUGGGAACAGAAUGGCUCAGAGUCGGUAGUGCAGUGUGUAUUGGAGCAAAAGAUGAUAAGUUUGGAAAGUUUACUAUCCCAGUUGCCUGCCAUGUCUUGAACUUCAAACUUGUUUAUGUGUCUGGAGGUGGAAUAUCGUGGGYASMUGGAAACACCAAAGCCUACUGGGGAACUACCUAUAGAAGCGACAACAAGGAUCUUAAUUUACACGUCACUGAUGCCGACAACAAUAGAAUCAGUCCACCACCUGACUUCCCAUUGUAUCCCUCGUUUAAUACUCUGAUGAUAUACCAGUUACCAGGUGUGACGAACAUGGACCCAGAUUUUACAUUCCCUGAGUUGUCACCUCCCCUAACAGUGACAGCAGGCAAGGAGUUCAGGAUAUGGGUGGAUCAAGAUCUGAACAACGUAAAUGAAGGAAACAACGAGGGACAAACUUGUGCUGAUGUUUGGAUUAAGAAAUACUAAAGCUACUCUUUUGCYAGAACUAAUCAGAACUAGUCAUUUGGUACAGCGGUUUUUCGCAUAAGAGAUACAAUACUUCUAUCAGGAAAAUGUUUCGUUUAUUCAAAACAUUUCGAUUUCUAUUUUUAAUUAACAGUAAAGGAUAUACUCAAACCGUUGCUUGUUUAUUGACAGACACUUAAACUGCAUUAUCAAUCACAGUCGAUGAUGAUGAUUGAUGGCUUUUCUCUUAAUAGUCACCGUCACCGUUCCCUGCGCCAUCUUGAAAAGUAGCCGUGCCUUUACAUCGAAGCGAGACGAACGGUGAGCUUGCAAUGAUAGAGACAUGUGAAUUAUUAUCCAAGGUGUUAAAA